AUGCCUUCGCCCGACGCGUGCGCCCGCCCGUCGGGCAGGGGCGUGGGUCUCGAGGGGACGUGCAGCCUCCCUUCGCCCCUCUCACCCCCUGGAGCUCUCGCCGCGGAGCCCGCGGGUCGCACAGUCUGUCCUCUCCCUCCUCUCCCUCCCUCCUCUCCGCCUUCGCGCUUUUCUUCCUUUUCCUCCGCCCGCUUUCUCGCUGGAGCGUCUCCGCGCGCCGCCGGCGACGCCUGUCCGCCAGAAGGCCUGCACUGCAGCGGUAGCUUCAGGGCAUUCUCUCCCGAGCGCCGGCGCGCGGUCCGCGCAGCUUUUCAGGGAGACAACCAGGGGCACAGAGAGGACGAGAGGAGAAUACCUGCGGCGGAGGAGAGGGGGCGCAGCGGAGAACCAGACGGCACCGAAGAGAUGCGCACUUCUGCGGCGAAUGGGAGAGGCGCAGGGGCUGGCGUGACAGAGGGCUUUUCUCCUCAGGCACGAGAGGGAACUCGGCUCAUUCCGCUCGAAACUUCUACCUCUGUCCCUUCUUCACGUUCCUCUUCGCCUUCCACUCGGCUUCAGAGCCGGCAUCAAGCCGCUUCGUCUCCUCGCUCCGCGCAGGUUGGUCGGGCUCGCGCUCAAAGCCUGGAGACAGACGGCGACAGCAGAGCUCCUUCGGUGCUCUUUCCUUCUCGCCACGCCGCUGCUUCACGAAGCCGUUUGUCGCUAUCUGAGCACUCGGUUCGUCUCGGCAGUGCCGCACUCGCCCGCUUGCGGGGCCUGCUUUUGUCAGGGCGAGCGCCGUCAGAGGCGCGCGUGGGGCGCGACCGCGGUCGGUUGGGCUCCGGCGCCUCCGUCUUCUCGCAAGAGACCCCGAGAGGGGCGAGGGGUUCUUCCCGCCACCAGAGCUCCAGCACGGAUGCGAGGAACUUCAGUCGCAAAGUCACACAGUGGAGAGUCGAGACGACGCUUUUCUUGUACGUAAUCAACGUUGUUGUCCAUUCUCUAAACGGGAUUUUCUUCGUCCUCAAAGGUCAGCGGGCGACGGGGGCGGUGAUACUUUUGACUCAGACGACUGCCUGGGUAUUCUCGGCGCUCCUCUACGCGGUGGAUCGCGAGUACCUGAAGGCCCUUUUGGCUAUUCUAGGCCUGGCUGUUUUCGUCGAGGUAAAACCCAAUUUCCCUUCCGUCGGCCGCCGCACCGUGGCGGCGCCGCCCCGCUUCUUCUCGUCGCUCGCAGCGGCGUCGCUUCCCCUCGAGCCCCGGACGCCGACUCUCUCCUCGGAGGCCGCAGCGAGUGUCUCCUUGACGCCCGCCGCAGGCCGCUCGCCCUCCUCGGCGCGGGCGCCGGCGGCCGCAGCGGGCGACAGUCCCCCCUCGGCUGCGCUCGCCAGCGGGGUGCUGCGGGCGAGCGGCGAGGUCGGAAGUGGCGCACACAGUUCGCGCCGACAGCCAGCGGCGCGCGAGGGCGGCGCGUCGACGUCUUCGGCGGCGGGACGUGCGAGAGAGAGAAUUUCGCUCCGAGCCUCCACGCAGCAGCAACUGCAGAACUUGCAAAACGCCUGGGUGGGACUGACUCAGUUUCCGCUCUUGUACAUCUACAGCAACGUCGUUCUCUACGGAGGAGGGCAGCUGUUUGUCACAGGCGAUGAAAUCACGAGUUCGGCCGAAGACUCGACGCUGGCGUACUCUUUUCUCUCGUCGUCGCGGUCUUCGUGUUUUCUCUCUUCGUUCCUGAGUCUCACUCGCCAGAGCGCCACCGUCGCGUUCUGCUCGUCGCUGCUGCUCCCACUCUCGGUCUUCCUGUCCUGCAUCACAGUGGGCUGGAUCAUGCUCGAUCGCUUCCUCGGGCAUGUGCAAAAGUCUCGCCCGCGCACCGAACUCCGCCACGCGCUCCACGACACCUCCCUCCGGUGUCUGCUAGGCCUGAUGUUUCUGUUCCACGCAGUAGAUCUGUUCGCGCGCGUUUGGACGUGGUGCCUUAUCAGCGACGACGCGUACGCGCCUCUGAACUUCAUCUGCUGCUUCUUCCUCCAGACAUUGAAUUUGGCGCUCUACUUGACUCUCUCUUCUUCGUUCCUGCACUGCUUCCUGCGCGGCCUUCUGUCGCUCCUCGUCUCCCCACUGGACGUCUUUCUUAUCGAAGCUGAAACCCCCCGGCAGGUUCGCUCGGCGAUGACCAUUCUCGCGCUUCGCCUGCUGGACAUCUUGACGGCUUCGCUCUUUGUCGGCUACCGCACCGCCGCGGGCUCGCUGCUGCCCGAGGAGAGCGAGAACGAAGAAGACGGGACCCUCCUCGUCGCGCGGCUCGGCGGCGCGGCUGUCAGUCCGCGCGAAUACCGCGUCCUCGCGGCGCUUGCCGAGAAGCGUCGUGCGGCGAGCCGGCUGUGUUCGGUCCUCGUCAUCGUGCUGGCUGGGCUCCUCUUGGCGAUUAUCGCCUUGAAGCGCCGCAGAGAUGCAGUCGAAGCGGAGGCGCUGAGGUCUCUCCUUGAGCGCUCUGCUCGUCUCGCGGAGCGGAUGAGAGCUAACGCCCCUCGUGCGGCUGCCCCCGCUCCUUCGUCUGCUUCCGCUGCGCCUCUUUCUGCCUCUCAUGCGCGUCCUUCUGCGCUGCCCGCUUCGUCUUUCCCCUUGUCGGCGCCUGCGUCAGAUUCGCCGUCUGGCGGCUCUUCUGCCUCUCUCUUCUCGCUGUCCUCCCCCUCGCCGUACGUCUCGGAGCGCGGUCCGACUUCGUCUUUCUCCUCAUCGGAAUCUUUUUCCGCCUCUUUCUCGCCGCACGCGUACCGUCUCUUCUCGAUUUCGUCCUUCUCCUCUUCUUCUCCGGCAUCCAGGCUCGCGGACUCGGCAGCGAGUCCUCUCGGCCAGUUGCGCUCAGCCAGUCGCCUCCACGAGGGCACAGAGUGGAGACACGGGGGAGGGCGAGACAGGAGCAGCGAAGAAGCGCGAGAUGAAGCGACGGCGGCCGCGCAGAGGCAGGCUCUCGACAGCGCCGCAGCCUGCAAGGCGAAAGAAGCGGAAGCGACCGAGACUCAAGCAGUGGGGGAAGGAGGAAGGGUGACGACCCACGACGCCGGCAAUGGAGAAAGUCUGGGCGCGGGGGGCGGACAGCGGGCGAUCGCUCGAGAAGGAGAAAAGGGAGGUCAGGGGGAAGAAAGCUCGAGGCAGGCAGCGGGCGCCACGGAAAAGGAAGUCUUCGGUGGAGCCCAGGCGACGACGGGGAGUUCGGGAGACCCUCCCACGCAGGUGGCGAGCGGGAUGCCGACUGGCGAGGAUGGCGCGGCCGAAGAGACACUCUUGAAGAGUGCCGGUCUGAGGCUGAAGCAGGGCAGAAUACAAAUAGAGACGAGAUCCUGUCGAGCGUACGAGGUCAUCGCGUUGACUGCCGCAGCACCGAUACGCGCACGGGCUUCACGGUGGCGCUGA